UAAAAAGAUCACAAGAAAAAGGAAACAGAUGCAGUUUGAUUGUAAGAAACGAUUUACGUUAAUUCGAAGCUCACCUAACCUCAACAAACACGAUCUGGAAGAUCGUUUUUUAACUUGCAUUACAAUGGAAACCACGCCAGAGAAGCGAGCCGCGAAGGGAUUACGAAAUCGGUCACUCUCAAGGUUCACUCUGUAUGCCCCGUUGCAAAAACACUUCCGACGUUUUCGUUGCACCUGUGUUUACCGGCUGCAACGAGACGUCGAAUUGGAAGUUCCUUUCCGCCACGAACUCGUACGCACGUUCACCUAUUGUGUGUACCAUGCAUACGCAAUCGUUCCAGUCUCGUUUCUGUGCGCCCCAGUCUUCCUAUAUGCUGCAGAGACCUGCUAUUGCUUGUUGAAUUCAUCCUCAAGAAGACAAUGUCAGGGAUUAGAGGGAAACGGUUGGUUGGAAUGCGUGUAUAUACAUGUGUAGCAAUUUGCUCGUUUUGCUUACCCGACAACAGAGUUGUUUCAAUUGUGAACGAAUUCUCGAAGGAAUGAUCGAGAAAACGUGUUCUCUUUCCUUGAUCCGUCAAGUUAGUCUGAAAAAAACUCCCGUUAAAACAACCUAUAUUUCACGUCACCGCCCGCUGUUUCUAACGUCGACGAUCGAAGGUUAAUGUCAUGAGAACGGCGCUUGCAGACUGCUUCGUGUGUCCUAUCCCAAUAGACGGAAAAAUAGCUUUCCCUUUCGCGAAACCAUCAGAACAAGGCAGAGUACGAGAAAGAAAGAAGUAUGAAGCUCUAUUCGAAGGGCAAAGAAAAGACUCGAAGCGAGCGAGAUAGAGGUAAAGAGGUGGUAAGAAAGAAGAAAAAAAGGCGAGGGAGAAGAAAGAUGGAAAGAGAGAAAAGAACAGAAAGUAGUGGAGGGAGAGCAUCACCAACUCGAACAUUGCGGUAGGCUACGCAUCCGCGCAUCUCGAGCGACGGUUCGCGACUGUGUGUGGGUGCCGGCGUGUACGUGAAGCCGCCGACUCUGAUCGAGGCAGUGUAGAGACCGAAAAGAACCGAAGUCGAACGACGGAAAGUGCCGAACGCAGUUGGCUCUGGCGGCCGGAGAGUACUGUGUGCGGUGUACACGAGCGAGAGCGAGUCCGGCGCUCGGAGUUGGAGUGUGAGUCUGGAGUAGUGAGUGAACGAGUCUGGACUAGCGGGCUACCCCGGUUCCGAGUCAGUCAGUGUGCCACCGGCAACCGUAGCCUCGGUGCGGAGAACGUGGAUACGCUUCGGCAAUUCUGUUUCGCGUUUUUCUCUUUCUGCCUGUUGGCUCCUUCGCAAGACACGACGACACACACAUAUAUAUAUGUAUUUAUAUCACAUAUGUAUAUAUAUGUAUACAGACACGUUCAUAGUGAAGCCAACGAGCUUUUUUCAAAGUGCGAUUGUUACGUGCAAACGAUUUUGUUCUGGAUGAUUCAAUCGAAGAAAUCAGCGUGAUAUUUCAGGCUACAACAUAACGUCUGUAACCUGACUUGGCUGUCAUUUUGUUUUCCUCGUGACAAGUGCAAUUUAUAUUUCUCGAUGUUGUCGACAAAUAGAAGGAAAUAAUACAAGGAAUGAUCGAUUAUUUUGAAAAAAUACGUUGAUCAACACGGAAACAUCGAAUAAUUCGCGUGAACUUCGUUAGUAUCGAAAGCUGUUUGCUAUUAGAAAAGUUACCGGUAGAAUAUCCGUUGUGCGUCACGCGUACCACACGGGACGAAGACACUGCCGGAAGAGUUCUACCUCCCACGAAGAUAUCUUUCCUUUCUUUUCUUUCUAGUUGUUGCACUCGAUCAUUGUUAUUGUGUCUACUUGACGGAUUUUAUUGAAAAUAAUUGAAUUUUUUCCAAAUAACUUCUAUCACAAUAACCCGCGUAAAUCGAGGCAGACAGGACAACAUCGAUAAUUUUCGAGAUCUCGCACGGUGACAUUUUCUUUUCUCGUAACGAUUGUUCAAUACUAAUUCACUUCAAGCGAAUGCAAUCAAUCGCGUCUAUAUAGAACUAGUGAUUCUCUUUGCGUGAAAUUCUUCCAAGUGAAGGUGAAAUUUGAAUAAAAACAAUCAAAAAGAAGAAAAAAAAGAAGAAAAAGAAAAAAAUAGAAACCUACAUCGUAUCGAAUCAUUAAGAAAACCGGCGAGUGUAAUGUUAUAUUGUAUCGACUGAGUGUCAAGUACAAAUCGUUGAAGAUCAAGAUGGCAACUGUGCUGUGGUAGCUGUGAAUCAACUUGUGGGGACAGACUGGCAGCAAGGAAACGAAGCUGGCAAAGAUAGAAACGAUGCUCGAGGAUCAACCGUUGGACUUGAGCGUUCGAGUAGGAGAUUACGCGGAGUUCUCCAGAGAGGAGAACGAUCAGGAUCAGGAUCGAAAAGAACCGAUCGACGACUAUGGAAAUGCUGCGGCAGCGCUCAGGUUACGAGGAUGCUUCGUCGCCACUACGUCCACCGAAUAUUCUCAAGAAAGGGAAGACCGUACCUGUUCCGAGGAUUCAGAUGAUUCGUGCUCCGACAAUAAUCAAAAAGAUGGUAGCACGAGGUCUAGAUCCAGACCACCCGGUACCAAACCAUAUAAGAAGAAUCUUAUGAGAAGAUAUCUGGACACGAGGGAGGUUCAGCCACACGAUGCGAGCGAGAAGGAGCAACUGGGCCUGGCCAGCGUUAAAGCGGAACCAGGGUCGACCGGUACGACGACGACCACCACGGGGACACGUCUCCUGCACGGUAUUCUCUCGCAGCAUCCCCAGCAACACGGUCUAGGGGUGCAAAAUGGAUACGGCCGCCANUUGCCCGGCCAUGCUCAAAUGGGCCAACCGUCCUACACCACUGCCACCAUGGCCACAACAAGCACGCCAGGAAGCGGAUCACUGCCAGCGAGCCCCGCGGACAGCGGAGUCAGCGACGUCGAGUCCAGCACGUCCUCAGGCGGUAACGAGGACGCGAAUCUCUUAUUGAAAGCAAGGCUCAAUCCCAAUUCGUCCCUUCAGCCAAGCCUGGCGUCUCAUCAUUCUCAUUUGUCAUCAGCAGCGCUCGGCAGGUCGGCCUGUCACAGUCCUGGUGUUUAUCCGUCGACGGCGGGCUUCCUGCCGCCCUCCUAUCAUCCUCAUCAGCAUCAUCCCUCCCAGUACCAUCCGCAUAGAGGGAGCUCGCCUCACCAUCAACACGGGAACCACACGAUGGGCCCCACAAUGGGACCGCCCCAUCAUCAUCACCAUCAUCAAACGCAGAGUCUACAACACUUGCAUUAUCGUCAGCCUCCUACAUUAUCCGAGAGCUAUAGCAGUUAUGUGAACUCGAUGUAUGCCAGCGGGGCCCAAUUUGCAACACCUUGUACCCCUAGUCCACCACGGGGACCUGGAGGAGUUCCAACGAGUGUAAUUCAAGCAGCUACCAGUUCGGUUUCCGACGAUUUAUAUCUACUGGAAUUAGGUUUUCCCCCACGAUCGAAGAAGAACAAGUUGAAAAAACCGCGUCAAGGAGAUGGUGCUGCGGUAAAAAGGAAAUCUCGCGAAGGUUCGACGACGUAUCUUUGGGAAUUUUUAUUAAAAUUACUACAGGAUCGAGAAUAUUGCCCUCGAUAUAUCAAGUGGACGAAUCGCGAACGAGGUGUCUUCAAAUUGGUGGACAGCAAAGCAGUAUCUCGUCUAUGGGGUUUGCACAAGAAUAAGCCGGACAUGAACUAUGAAACGAUGGGUCGAGCCCUACGUUAUUAUUAUCAGCGUGGUAUCCUGGCAAAAGUUGACGGACAGAGGCUAGUCUAUCAAUUCGUGGAUGUACCGAAGGAUAUUAUAGAAAUUGACUGUACCGGCGCGUGAGAUAGGGUUCGACCGAAGGAACAGCAGCACGAGAGGCGAGCUAUACGGGAAAAGAGUGAUUCGUGUAUUUAUGCUGCGAUCUUUCGCGAGAACACAUCGUUAUCGUCAUCAUCGUUCUCAUCAAGCAGCUCUUCCUGCCACAAUGUGCUUACUUGGCACACCCCCCAGACGAUCUAAAGCAUACCCUCUCUCUGACUUCGUUUGUUCCUUGUAUUAUAAAUAUAUACUUAUAGAGACAUAUAUUAAAACGUGAAUAGCGCAUGCGCACGGAUGCUGCUGCGUGAGGAUGUGUUUUGUUUUUGUCGACGCGACAGUUGCCACGUACGGUAUACCUAUGCAACUACCGUAUAUUGUAAUUUCGUCCUCCUUUGGUCUUUCUUUUUUUAUUAUUCUAUUUGACGAUAUACGUCAAUAAUAAUCGUACUAUUUACAACGUAUAUUAUAUAUGUAUAUAUAUAUGCAUACAUAUAUGUAUAUAAUAUGUAUACGUUGAGCUCGUUCAAAUUUGUACAAAAUUUAGUUUUUAAAAAUGCUACGGCACAAAUGUUAUUAAAUAUGUUUUAAUCAAGAGUAAAUGAAGAAAGAAAAAAUUAAAAUGAAUCUAUUACUUAACAUAUAGCCUAACUAAUAUAGGCUAACAAUUGUACAUUCAAGAAUGCGAUAAAUUAUUUAUUGUAUAUUAGACGAUUAUAUAUGUUACCUAGAAAAAAAAA